AUGCAAAAUGUCAACAGGUCUUCGGUGAUGGAAUUUGUACUUUUGGGAUUUUCCCAUUUUCAUAAAUUUCAGAACUUUCUCUUCUGUGCUGUUCUUCUGGCAUACAUCACUUGUGUUCUUGGAAACAUCAUUAUCCUUCUGCUAGUUAGAAGUGAGUCUUCUCUUCAUACUCCAAUGUACUUCUUCAUCAGUACAUUUACAGUUUUGGAAAUAAUUUUUGUUUCUGUAACAGUCCCAAAACUGUUGGCACUUCUCAUUCAGACUAAGAAGACCAUCUCGUUUUUUGGUUGUUUCACACAGCUGUAUAUGUUCGAUGCCCUUGGAGCGACAGAAUGCUUACUUCUUUCAUUGAUGGUCUUUGACCGAUACCUAGCUAUUAACAAUCCAUUACGCUAUUCCACUAUAAUGAACACUCGAUUCUGUCAUAAGUUGGCUUCCAUGCCAUGGAUAUUGGGUUUAGUUAUAUCUUUAUUUCCUACAAUUAAAACUUUUCUUUUGGAUUUCUGUGGACCAAAUGAGAUUGACCACUUCUUCUGUGACCUGGCACCACUGCAAAAGUUAGCAUGCUGUGACCCAUUUCUUAGUAAUAUUGUAACAAUAGUGGCAGCUUUUUUUUCAAUUGUUUUACCAUUUUUUGCUAUAGUGUGGUUCUAUAGUCAUAUCAUAUAUACUGUGUUGAAAAUUCAAAGCAAAGAAGGUAAAAUGAAAGCCUUCUCCACUUGCUCGUCCCAUCUCAUUGUAGCGGCUCUGUUUUUUGGCUCAGUUAUUAUUGUAUAUGUAAAGCCAAAAGGCAGUCACUACGACAAGUUCCUUGCCCUCAUGUACACUGUGGUUACACCACUUCUAAACCCAUUUAUUUAUACUUUAAGAAAUAGGGAGGUAAGGAACGCUUUAACAAAAGUCACUCGACAGGUUAUCAUGUUGCUACAAUGUUUACGUUCCACACAGUCCUAUCAACAGUGA